UCAGUUAGUUCUAAAUACAUAGCCUAGUAGGUUGACGUUUGUUGCUCUUUCCUGUGCUGGAUUGUGCAUUGUUCUGCUUUUAUCAGUGUGACAUCCGUAUCAAGGGAUAGACUACAUUAUGUUUAUUUGGAUGAAUCGAGCAGGCAGCAAGUUGCAAGAACUGGAUCGCUGAACCUGCCACUUGCGAGCCCAAGAUCCCGUUGACUUAUCCGCGUAUGAAGCGUACUGUAUGUUGAUGAAAUUCAAGCAUGUCAGGGAAACAAUUUAAAGGUCAUGAAGUCAGUUGCUGCAUCAAAUAUUUUAUUUUUGGAUUUAACAUAAUAUUUUGGUUGCUCGGUGUGGCCUUCCUGGGGAUUGGACUAUGGGCCUGGAAUGAGAAGGGUGUUCUCUCCAACAUCUCGUCCAUCACAGACCUGGGGGGCUUUGACCCCGUCUGGCUCUUCUUGGUGACGGGAGGGGUCAUGUUCAUCCUGGGCUUUGCCGGCUGCAUCGGAGCGCUGAGGGAAAACACCUUCCUGCUCAAGUUUUUCUCUGUGUUCCUGGGGAUCAUCUUCUUCCUGGAGCUGACAGCUGGAGUGUUGGCCUUCACCUUCAAGGACUGGAUCAAGGACCAGCUCAACUUCUUCAUCAAUAACAACAUCCGGGCAUACCGUGACGACAUCGACCUCCAGAACCUUAUAGACUUCACUCAGGAAUAUUGGGAUUGUUGCGGCGCAUUCGGAGCGGACGACUGGAACCUCAACAUCUAUUUUAACUGCACGGACACCAACCCCAGCCGGGAGAAAUGUGGGGUCCCCUUCUCCUGCUGCACCAAGGACCCUGCGGAGGACGUGAUAAACACGCAGUGUGGCUAUGACGUACGAGCCAAAACUGACGUAGAGCAGAAGACCUACAUCCAUGUGAAAGGCUGUGUGCCACAGUUUGAGAGGUGGUUACAGGACAACCUGACGGUAGUGGCUGGGAUCUUCAUAGGAGUUGCGUUGUUACAGAUAUUUGGAAUAUGCUUGGCACAAAACUUAGUUAGUGACAUCGAAGCUGUGAGAGCAAGCUGUUUAUUUACCUGAUGUCGCGGCCCGUCUUGACCCAGGAACGCACAGGUCUCUUCAGCAUGGCUACGCCAGUUUCAGAGCAUCAAAAGAUGCUAGAAGCCUGCUAGAACUGGGAAGGAUACCACCUGCACCAUAUUCCGUCAUGAUGACUGGCACAUUGUGAUCCAUUUUAAAGAUGUGUUUGGCGUUGCAAAAUUACUGUAACUUUCCAGAAAUUCCCAGGUUUUCCAGAAAUCCCAGUUGGAAGAUUCCUCCAAUCAGGAUUUUUGGGAAUUUGGGGAAAGUUACCCACGCUUUGCAUCCCAUUUGUUCCAUGCGGUUCCAUCCAUGUGGUAAACACUUUGUGUAGAAAUGUACAGAAAAUAACGAAGACAAAAUUAACUUGGGGGGUGUUUGUAAAUGCACUGCAUGCCUAUCACAAUGGCAUGGACUCUCGUUUAAAUUCAUGAUGGACAGAAGUUCUUAUUGACACAGGUAUUUUUAACAGUAAAAUGGUAGCUGUAUUUGUGGCGACACUGAGCAUUAGGGAAGAGAGUAAUGGUGCUAGAAUGCAAAUGUAUAUUAGUAGUCGCAGCCCUCAAGUCGUUUGCUUUGAACUGCAGUAGCCUUGUCGGCUCAAGCGUUUUUGUGGCACAGAUGGGCAUUCGUUAUAUUUCAUGGCAUCUCUACCUGGGUGAAAUACAUACAGGUACGUUACAUACCUUAAUACUUGAGGUGGGCCUGAUUUAGCAAGAGUUUGCACUUUUGGGGGGACUAGUCGAUUGGUUCUAUUGUAACAGACAAGCUAAAUCAAGCACACUUCCAAGUAUCAAUGUAUUUGACCAAGGUCUGAUCUCUGCACACUCUACAUUAAAAUGAAUUGUCGGGCCUCCCGGGUGGCGCAGUGGUCUAGAGCACUGCAUCGCAGUGCUAACUGCGCCACCAGUCUCUGGGUUCGCGCCCAGGCUCUGUCGCAGCCGGCCG